UUCUCUAAUUACUAGUAUUACUUUGAGUGAAAUAAGAAAGAAAGCAGCAGCAUGUAUAGGGUAGCAAAUGCAUCGGAAUAUCUGGUCAUAACAGGCAUAGGCAUCCCGGACAUAAAGCUUGCGAAGAAGGCAUGGAUACUUCCCGGUCAGUCUUGCACAGUCUUCGACCUCUCGCCGGUAAACUACACCUUCGAGGUCCAAGCCAUGAGCGCCGAGAAGCUCCCUUUCGUCCUCCCGGCGGUCUUCACCAUCGGUCCUCGAGUCGACGAUGAGGCCAGCCUCCUCAAGUACGCCAAGCUUAUAUCACCUCAUGACAAGCUCUCUAACCAUGUUAAAGAGCUCGUACAGGGUAUCAUCGAAGGUGAAACCAGGGUCCUUGCUGCUUCCAUGACCAUGGAAGAGGUUUUCAAAGGAACCAAAGAGUUCAAACUCGAGGUUUUCGAGAAAGUCCAGCUUGAGCUCAACCAGUUCGGGCUGUUGAUUUACAACGCUAAUGUUAAGCAGCUUGUGGAUGUGCCCGGACACGAGUAUUUUUCUUACUUGGGUCAGAAGACCCAAAUGGAAGCUGCUAAUCAGGCCAAAGUGGACGUGGCGGAGGCCAAGAUGAAGGGGGAGAUCGGGUCCAAACUAAGGGAGGGGCAAACGCUUCAGAACGCCGCGAAAAUCGACGCCGACACGAAGAUUAUAUCCACUCAGCGGCAGGGAGAGGGGAAGAAGGAGGAGAUAAGGGUGAAGACCGAGGUGAAAGUUUAUGAGAACCAAAGGGAAGCCGAGUUAGCCGAGGCAAACGCAGAUUUGGCGAAGAAGAAGGCCGGCUGGGCUAGGGAAGCGCAAGUGGCGGAGGUGGAAGCGUCCAAAGCUGUUGCAUUGAGGGACGCUGAGUUGCAAAGGGAGGUCGAGAGGAUGAACGCUUUGACCAGGACGGAGAAGCUCAAAGCUGAGUUUCUUAGCCAAGCAAGUGUUGAGUACGAUACCAAGGUGCAAGAAGCAAAUUGGGAGUUGUACCAAAAACAAAAACAAGCAGAGGCAAUAUUGUAUGAGAAGGAAAAAGAAGCCGCGGCGCAGAAGGCCAUUGCGGAUGCAACGUUUUAUGGUCGUCAGAGGGUUGCUGAUGUAGAACUGUACGCCAAGCAGAAAGAAGCGGAAGGGCUGAUGGCCCUUGCACAAGCCCAGGGUGUUUACCUGCGAACACUUUUAGACGCACUGGGAGGCAAUUAUGCUGCCCUCAGGGAUUACCUAAUGAUCAACGGUGGAAUGUUUCAAGAGAUUGCUAAGAUCAACGCUGAAGCUGUGCGUGGCCUUCAGCCUAGGAUCAGCAUCUGGACUAACGGCGGUGGAGAAGCAAUUGAUGGUAAUGGUAGCAGUGCAAUGAAGGAGGUUGCCGGUGUUUAUCGGAUGCUGCCGCCGUUGUUUAAGACGGUUCACGAGCAAACCGGAAUGCUCCCUCCUUCGUGGAUGGGCACAUUGCCGGAAUCGAAACAGCCUAGGACGGAUUAAACAAGCAUAUCGUCCGACGUCAAGUUCAAUCACACUUUGCCAUAUGCACCGUUCCAUUGCUGGUUUCAAAUAGUAUUGUUUUUCAAGUAUUUUGCUUUCGCUAUACAUAUGGUGUUGGUGACGGUGAAUUUACUUUUGGUUUUAACUGGUGUACCAUAAGUGCUUCGUGUGUGACAUAUCUUGUAAAUUAAAUA